GACUAUUUCCAAAUUAGACAUGGCGUUAGGAAGUCUUCUUUCCCGGCGUGCAAGCUUGCAUCUUUACCGCACUAGUCCACAGUGCUUAAUUAUCAAAUUGAAAAACAGAUCCCCCAGACUCGUUCAUAUAUUCGAUUCUUCCCGUGAUCCGAGGCCAUAGAAACAGAGAACUUGAUCAUUAAAAAUGUCUGCUUUCAAAUUUUUCAUUACCCUGUUUUUACUCUCCUUCCUCUGCUUUACAACUGAAGCUCAGAACGGAACCUUCCUCUCCAACUACUGCCCUAACACGACCACUUUCACCGCAAACAGCACUUAUCAAUCCAAUCUCAAGACCCUCCUCUCCGCCCUCUCCUCCAACGCCACCGUCACCAAUGGGUUUUAUAAUACCACCUCCGGGGAAAAUCCCAACAUGGUCUACGGCCUCUUCCUCUGCCGUGGCGACGUUUCUACCACUGUUUGUCGGGAUUGUGUUGCUUUGGCCGCAGGAGAUUCCACUCAGCGUUGCCCUGUUGAAAAAGAUGUUGUGCUUUGGUACGACGAGUGCCUCCUCCGCUACUCUAACCAAUCGAUUUUCUCCACCGUGAGUAAUUCCGUGAGCGUGAGUAUGUGGAACACUCAGAAUGCCACGGAUCCGACCCGAUUCAACGAUGCAGUGGGGACGGUGAUGAACGAUGCGACGACUCAGGCUGCUUCAGUCGCUAAAAGGUUCGCCACAAAGGAGGCUAAUAUUUCUGCGUUUCAGACCCUGUACAGUCUGGUCCAGUGCACGCCGGACCUGUCAAGUACGGACUGUAAUAGGUGUCUCCGAGGAGCCAUAUCAGGUCUCCCUGGUUGUUGCAGCGGAAAAAUAGGCGCAAGAGUAAUGUAUCCUAGUUGUUAUGUUAGGUAUGAAGUUUACCCUUUUUAUAAUGCAUCUGCAGUUGCAGCUCCGCCACCACCGCCACCGGUGCUUACUCCUUCUCCUCCUCCUGGUCCGGAGACCAACCCCAAAGGUGAAGGCAAAAAAUCAGGGGUGAUAAUUGUUGCCAUUGUUGUGCCGGUUGGUGUUGCUAUUUUGCUUUUCAUUGUGGGGUGUUGCUUGCUAACAAGGAGAGGAAGGAAGAAGUAUGAUAUCGUGCAGGGAGAUAAUGUUGUGACUGAUAUAACCAAUGUAGAGUCUCUGCAGUAUGAUCUCAACUCAAUUAAAGCUGCAACAAACAACUUUGCAGACAGUAAUAGACUAGGUGAAGGUGGAUUUGGGGUUGUUUACAAGGGUAGAUUUCCUAAUGGACAAGAAAUGGCCGUGAAGAGGUUAUCAAAGAGCUCUGGACAAGGAGCUGAAGAAUUCAAGAAUGAAGCUGUGUUGGUGGCUAAGCUUCAGCACAGAAAUCUAGUGAGACUGUUAGGAUUUUGUGUGGAAGGAGAAGAGAAGAUACUUGUUUACGAAUUUGUGCCUAACAAGAGCCUUGACUAUUUUCUAUUCAAUGAUGAUAGACAAAGAUUGUUGGAUUGGUCAAGACGUUACAAGAUAAUAGGAGGUGUUGCUCGAGGAAUUCUUUAUCUUCACGAGGAUUCUCGGCUUCGAAUCAUUCAUCGGGAUCUCAAGGCAAGCAACGUAUUGCUAGAUAGUGACAUGAAUCCAAAAAUUUCAGAUUUUGGAAUGGCAAGGAUUUUUGGAGUUGAUCAAACUCAAGGAAGCACUAAUAGAAUUGUUGGAACCUACGGUUACAUGUCUCCAGAAUAUGCUAUGCAUGGACAGUUCUCUGUGAAAUCAGAUGUGUAUAGUUUUGGUGUUUUAGUUCUAGAGAUUUUAAGUGGCAGGAAGAAUAGUAACUUUUAUCAAACAGAAGGAACUGGAGACCUAAUGAGCUAUGCCUGGAAACUUUGGAAGGAUGGGAGACCAUUGGAGCUGUUGGACCCAAUUCUUGGAGAUUCUUAUGCAAGAAAUGAAGUCAUUAGGUGCAUCCAAAUUGGUUUGCUAUGUGUUCAGGAAGAUCCUGCAGAGAGGCCAACAAUGGCAACUAUUGUUCUCAUGCUCAACAGUUACUCAGUCACAGUUCCUCUACCAAACGAGCCUGCUUUUUUCCUCCAUAGCAGAACAGAGCCGGUAAAGGUGUUGGAAUCUGAUCAAUCUACAAGUGUGUUGGAGUCUGAUCAAUCUAAGAGGGACUAUGAUUACCUCUAUCAUUAUAAUUCAUCUAGUUUUCUCCGAAGCAGCAUCUACAAAGACAACCUCAGUAACCUCCUCUCUUCUCUCUCCAAUGCGUCCAACAGUGCGUCAGUGCCAGUGAUGGGGUCUUCAUCACCACCGCUGGACGAGAACCCAAUACCGUGUAUGGCCUCUCGCUGUCGCGGUCAUGUUACAACCGAAGUUUGCCAGAAGUGUAUCGCCUCUGCCUCCAUCCAUGUAGCUCAGCGUUGCCCCACUGGGUAUGAAGCUGUAAUCUGUUAUGGGCAGUACAUGGUCCGUUAUUCUAACCGGUCGAUCUACUUCGUCAUGACCACUGACCCAAAGGAAGAUUUGAUGAUCAGUCGGGAUGUUCUAGAAGGAGUGACUCAGAAGUUUGCGACCAAAGAAGUGAAAUUUAACGAGUUUCAAGACGUGUGUAGCCUCGCGCAGUGUACGCCAGAUAUUUCCGGCGACGAAUGCAACAGAUGCCUUCAGUUUGUGAUCGGAGGCUCACCGGAAUGUUGCAGCGGGAAAGAGGCAGGACUUGCGUUGUACCCAAGUUGUAUUCUUAGAUAUCAAAUUACCCCCUUUUAUCACCAAACCGAAGCUGCAGCACCACCGUCUGGGCAGCUACUCGACCUCCUUUGGAAGCAAAACGGGAGACCAAUAUUACAGUUUGAUUUUUGUAUAAUUGAAGAUCCCACAAACAACUUCGCACAUGCUAACAUGAUUGGUGCUGGUGGAUUUGGCGGGUUGUAUAAGGUGAGGAUUGUUUGCAAGAAUGACUAUGGUGCUUUUAAUCAGGGGGCAUUUGCUAAUGGACAAGAAAUGGCUGUGAAGAAGCUAUCAAGAAGCUCUGGACGAGAUGGGGAGGAAUUUAAGAAUGAGGUUGUACUGUUCACCACGCUUCAGCUCCGGAAUCUGUUCCUAAGCUGCAAUAUAAUGUAUACAGAUCCUGAGAAAAGAGCAGAACUGGAUUGGUCAAGACGUCACAAGAUAAUUAAAGGGAUUGCUCGGGGCCUCCUAUAUCUUCUUAUUGAUUCAAGGCUCAGGAUCAUACAUCGUGAUCCAAAAGCCCCAUACAUCUUGUUGGACGAGGAUAUGACACCCAAAAUUUCAGAUUUGGCAUGGCAAGAAUUAUUGAAGAAAAUCGAUCCCAAGAACCUACAAAGAGAAUUGUUGGUACAUGAGUUUGCAAUGAAUGGGAAGUUCUCUGAGAAAUCAGAUAUGUUUAACUUUGGCAUGUUGAUGCUAGAAAUUGUAUGCGGUAAAAGGAAUGCAGGCAUAUCUAACCCAAAUUAUGCUGAAAACCCUUCUAACCAAAAUAAAGCACAAUUUCUUGAUAUUUUCAAGGCAUGGAGGCAUUGGAAAGAUGGGACCUCACUAGAAUUGAUGGAUCCAACUUUAGGGGAUUCUUAUAUGAGUAAUGAAGUUACCAGGUGUAUCCAGAUUGGAUUAAUCUGCGUUCAAGAAAAACCAACUGCAAGACUAACCAUGGCAAGAAUAGUUCUCAUGCUUAGCAGUACAUCCGUUACUCUUCCUUCACCUCAACGGAUUGCAUUCUUCUUUGGCAGUAUCACAGGAGAAAGCAGUGCAAGUGUGGAGCAGGAGCCAAACAAAAAUGCGAAAAAUUCAACCUCUUUCUCAGUAGACGACGCAUCUAUUACCAGACUACACCCCCGAUAAUGUACAGCAUUAUAGUAUUAUUAAAGGAUAUAAUACUAUUCAAUUAUUCUUUGAAGUUAUUGAAUGAAAUUAUACUUGUCUU